AUGUGGAAAUACCCCCCUCCCUCCCGUCGAAACGGAAGACGGACGGCGAGCGGCGGCGCGACAAUGCGGCGCUCGGGCGGGGCCCCGUCUCGCGGCGGCUGUCGAUCCGGUGAUCCAAACGCCCGGUAGAUGAGGGAACCGGCUUCCAAUUGCGCUGCGGCGGCGUCUGCCGGUGGCGGCUUCGUCUAUCUCGGGAGUGGGCGGCGAGGACGAUGAGCCGUCCCUCGCGCGCCUGGAUCCGCAGGCUCCCGGGGAGGUUCCAUUUUAGAGAAGGGAGAUGUUCAAUGAUUUGGCUUUAAAGCUAUGGUACUCUUUUGGCACAAUAGCUGCACUGGUACAGGAAAUUGUGUCUGUCUACCCUGCACUUUCACCCCCAACAUUAUCGGCAAGUGCAGCUACCAGAGUCUGCAAUGCACUUGCACUUCUUCAGACUGUUGCAGCACACCCUGAGACCAGGACCCCUUUUCUAGAAGCCGGAAUUCCGUUCUACUUGUUCCCAUUUUUGAACACUACCAGUGAGGCAAAAUCUUUCGAGCACUUGCGUGUUACCAGCCUUGGUGUUCUCGGUGCUCUUGCUAAGGUAGAUGAUACUGAAGUUGUCAAAUUCCUGCUGAAAAGUGAAGUCAUUCCUCUGUGCUUGCGAAUCAUGGAGACAGGCUGCGAGCUUUCAAAAACAGUGGCCACUUUCAUUGUCCACAAGAUUAUGCUAGAUGAAGUUGGGUUACAUCACAUCUGUGCCACCCCAGAAUAUUUCUUUCAGGCAGCCAGUGUUUUAGCAAACAUGGUGAUUGCAUUAACUGAACAGCCCUCCACCAGGUUGCUGAAGCAUGUUAUCUGCUGCUACCUCAGGCUGACGGAUGAUCCUAGGGCCUGUACUGCGCUACGAACUCACCUUCCUGAGGCUCUGAGAAACGGAACAUUCGACAGCUGCCUUAGGGACGACCCUGCUGCAAGGCAUUUUCUCCAACAACUGCUGGAUAAUCUGGCUGGUCAUGCUGGCGGAGCACCUCAUCCAAGCGCAGGUCCUGUGGCAGGUGGAGGACGCCAUGGAGGACCCUCUCAGGCAGGACCAAGUCGCAAGCGUUGAUGUAAACCAGUCUGGUCACUGCCAUCCAGAAUUGGCUACAACGAUGCAAUUAUCUUUGUCCUAAUUGCAGGUAGUGGAAGACCCUGCUUGGCUCUCGAAUGAAGCGUUAUGCUGCAGCUUAUUCCCGUUUGGAUGGCCAGUCUGCGUUAUGCAGGCCAGACGUUGCAGUGUCUGCAUUAGUACUGCUUUAUGCAUUCAUUCUUGGUUCGGUCCUUUUCAGGUGCUACCUGGGUCGAUGGACGGGGAGGUUAUUUGGGCUAGAUGCGAGAUUUGUAGCAGGUUCCAGCAUUUUUCUUUUCUAGGAGGGCAGAUACCGACGAAAUUUUGGCGCCCUUUUGCGUAACACGUCUACGAGUUUCGUCCUCCUUCACUAACUCAAAUUAUUCUAAUCUCUAAUACACAAGAUUGGGUCAGCACACAAGUAACCUCGCUUUGUAAUCUGGGUAUCUUGCAGCGUAGAAUUCAUUCUGUUGUAAUGUGGUCUAAGAUAAGGUAUAUUUUGGCUCA